AUGGCUGGGAUAAAACCUGGCCAGUACGCGUAUAAAUCCCCAGUAGCAACAUGGGAAACCGCCCAUGCUGCCCUGAUGAACCUGGAUAGUUCUAUCACCAGAAUGAUAGGACCCAAGCCGGACCGAAACUUUGUUGUGGACAUGCAUUUUGGACGCGCUUUGGAGUUGGCAUCUAUGGUUGGCAGUGCAGCUGCUUUGAAAGCACUUGUGGCCACUCACGCCGGGAGAUGGCCUAGGGGGAAAUGGGGCUAUUAUCCCAUGCAUCAGGUGGCUUUCAACGAUCAUAUUGACGCUAUUCAGGUUCUACUUGAUACUGGUUGUCCCAUAAAUAAGUUUGAUGACCGUCAUAUGACCCCUCUUGCCGUGGCUACGGCUCGCAAGAAGAUCGCUACUGCGAGAUUUUUCCUGGAAAAGGGGGCUCGAAAGACUAAACUCUGCCGUGAUGCCCAACUUGCGCUCGCUAUACUAAUUGAAGAACCCCUACCUGAUCAAGAGAGCGAAGUGAAAGACGCAUUCACUACGUGGUACCUCUACAAUACUGAUUCCCAUAUGAGAGAAAUUGAAUACCGCAACCUGCCCUCUUUUUAA